UCCUCCUGUCCCCGCUGUGUGUGUCCUGCCGCCCGGCCGCUGCCCUUGCUGUGUUCCGAGGCCGCAGUUCGGGCCUCCCGUCGCUCUGUCCCGGCCGCCAUGGCUGCCAAGAAGGCCGGCUCCCGCCUGGAGGUGGAGAUCGAGCGCUGCCGCUCUGAGUGCCAGUGGGAGCGGAUACACGAGCUGGUCAAACAGCUCUCCGUCAAACUCAUCUCGAACGAUGACAUGGCUGAGCUGCUGAUGGGAGAAGCCAAACUGGAGCAGUACCUCAAGGAUAAUCCCUUUAAACAAGGAGCCAGUCCUCGGGGCCCAAGACCAAAACUGAUCGAUGUCCGUAAGCACCUGACAGCGGCUCUGGACAGAGGCAAUCUUAAGCCAGAUUUUAUGCAAGAAGCCAACAUGAUAAUGGCCAAGCUGAACUAUGUGGAAGGCGACUACCAGGAAGCACUCAAUGUGUAUAAUCGAGUAGGGCUGGAUGACUUGCAGCUGGUUGCCGCUCCUCCAUACAAGCUGAGGAUGAUAGCUGAAGCCUUUGCCACUAAAGGUCUCUGUUUGGAGAAGCUGCCAUUGUCUUCUUCCACGAACAGUCUCCACGUGGACCGUGACCAGGAAAUUAUCACAUGCUACGAAAAAGCCGGCGAUAUAGCGCUACUAUACCUUCAAGAGACUGAGAGGGUUCAAGCAGCCAAUAUCCAAAACAGAAGUCCCAAACCAGGUCCUGCUGCCCCCGAUCAGGAGCUAAGCUUCUUUCUGGAGACUGGACUCCAGCGCGCGCAUGUUAUAUACUUCAAGAACGGGAACCUUACAAGGGGAGUCGGGAGAUUCAGAGAGAUAUUGAGGGCAGUGGAGACCAGAACAACUCAGAACCUGAGGAUGACGAUAGCCAGGCAGUUGGCAGAGAUACUGCUCAGAGGGAUGUGUGAACAAAGUUAUUGGAAUCCCUUGGAGGACCCUCCUAACCAGUCCCCCUUAGACGAUCCUCUUCGCCAAGGACUGAACACCAAAUGCUAUGCACUUAGCAGGAGGCCACGCGUGUACAUGGCAGAAAACAUUUUCUGCCCUCAAGAAAACACCGAAGAGGCCCUCCUGCUGCUGCUGAUCAGUGAGUCCAUGGCCAACAGAGAUGCAGUGCUAAGUCGUAUUCCGGAGCAUAAAAACGAUCGGAUUAUCAGUCUUCAGAGUGCAUCUGUCGUAUAUGAUUUACUGACCAUAGCACUGGGAAGGAGGGGGCAGUAUGAGAUGCUGUCAGAGUGUUUGGAGAGAGCCAUGAAAUUUGCUUUUGAAGAGUUCCACCUAUGGUAUCAAUUUGCCCUCUCGCUGAUGGCUGCAGGAAAGUCUGCCCGAGCUGUAAAGGUUUUAAAGGAAUGUAUACGCUUAAAACCAGAGGAUGCCACCAUUCCGCUGCUUGCUGCCAAACUCUGCAUGGGUUCAUUGCAUUGGAUGGAUGAAGCAGAGAGAUUUGCCAAAAUGGUUGUUGACUGUGCGGACAAAAGCUCUGAAUUCAAGGCCAAAGGAUACUUAGCUCUGGGACUUACAUACAGUUUACAGGCAUCUGAUGCCUCGCUGAGAGGAAUCCAGGAAGACUUGCAGAGGAAAGCUCUUCUUGCAUUUCAGAGGGCGCACAGCCUGUCUCCCACUGAUCAUCUUGCAGCCUUUUACCUGGCUUUGCAACUAGCAAUAUCCAGACAGAUCCCAGAAGCUCUGGGUUAUGUUCGGCAGGCACUGCAACUUCAAGGUGAUGACUCCAACUCUCUGCACUUAUUGGCGCUCUUACUGUCCGCACAGAAACAUUACCACGAUGCCUUGAAUAUUAUUGACAUGGCACUGAGCGAAUACCCAGAGAACUUCAUAUUGCUGUUUUCAAAAGCAAAGCUGGAAUCCUUAUGUCGAGGACCUGAUGAAGCUCUACUGACUUGCAAGCACAUGCUGCAGAUCUGGAAGUCAUGUUAUAAUCUAACAAACCCCAGUGAUUCUGGACGCGGUAGCAGCCUUCUGGAUAGAGCUAUUGCGGACAGACGUCAACUUAACACCAUUACCUUGCCUGAUUUUAGUGAUCCGGAGACCGCAUCUGAUUCCUCUUCCCUUUCAAGAACAGACUCACCUCUCCACCUGUUUGUCUCUACCCACCUUCCUCUUUCUCCUCCCAAAUCUGAUCACCCAAUAAAGACCUUCAUGGACACUGAGCUCUCCUGUGGGCCAGCAGACCCUCCAUUCCGUUCAGUUCAUGCGACAUCUAUUGCAGCUUCACGCGUGGAGCAGGCAUUGUCCGAAGUGGCGUCAUCGCUGCAAAGCAGUGCACCUAAGCAAGGUCCCCUUCACCCAUGGAUGACACUGGCUCAGAUCUGGCUUCACGCAGCUGAUGUAUAUAUCGGGAUUGGAAAGCCAGCCGAAGCCUCUGCAUGUGUCCAGGAGGCAGCGAAUCUCUUCCCAAUGUCUCAUAACGUACUGUACAUGAGAGGCCAAGUGGCUGAGUUACGGGGGAAUAUUGAUGAAGCAAAGCGGUGGUAUGAAGAGGCCUUAUCAAUCAGUCCCACCCACGUGAAGAGCAUGCAGAGACUGAGCCUCAUCCUUCACCACCUUGGUCGGUUCAGCCUGGCAGAAAAAAUCCUGCGUGAUGCCGUACAGGUUAAUUCAACAGCCCACGAUGUCUGGAACAGCCUCGGUGAGGUCCUUCAAGCCCAAGGCAAUGACGAUGCAGCCACAGAGUGCUUCCUGACAGCCCUGGAGUUGGAGGCUAGCAGUCCAAUCGUACCUUUCACCAUCAUCCCAAGGAUAUUGUGAGCAGACCUUAAAUCUGCUGGUUAAUAAUGUACAUCCAUAGCACAGCCCCUGAGAACUUUAAAAGGUUUAAUACAGCACUGAGGAUAGAAGAACAAUGCAUGUAGAUCCAUGGGAGAGAGAUAAGAAAGCAGUCAGUUUAGGAACAUUUCAUUCUUGCUGUUCAAGAUUCCGUUACCCACAGUGGAUGGGCUCUAGACUUCCAUCAGCUUUCCUUGGUCAGGGAAGUAGCUACAAGACAGAACUUUAAAAUAUAUAUUUACUCCAGGGAAGCCUCCUCUUCAUUAUAUAUUGAAAGGUUUUCCUGGGAGUAGUUAUAGCUACUAGUAUGAGUACAUGUUGUUCUGGAAACUUGCCAUCUCUCCAUGCUGUAUGUGUGCUCUGUGCAUGUGAAAAAUCAUAUACUGCAGGAAGAAAAACACUUAAUUGUUCCCUUGAUUAGCAUCAAUAGAUGCUAAUACAGCACAUUGCUUUUUACUUCCUGCAUAGUAGCUUGAAAACCCAGAUAGGUUUCCUUGAAAAUAUGUUGGGUUUGGCCAACCCUUCUGUGGCUGGCCUAAACCAUCCUAUUGAGAUUUAGUUCAUUGUUCACAAAAACUCCCAGGGAUCUAUACUGGUAAGACUUCUAGCCAAUGUGAUGUUCUUAGAGCUGGGGAUAUAACAGUCCCUGCUUUCUAUCCAUGGGGGGGGGAGUGGGGGCAUAUGUAGAUAGGGUAAUGGUAUCAGUUGAUUAGAACUGUAAGGGUUACGUGGGAUGAUAAUAAAAGAGGAGAUGGGCAACAUUCAGCUGUGGAAUUGGUGAGGAUCAGUAGCAGCUUUUCAAAUCCUGGCCUAAAUAGGUCAAUCUACAGGUUACUUGUGUAUCUAAUGAAUAAAGAACAAUUAUUUUUUUGAGAGGUCCUGGAGCUAUGUGGCCGACCACAAGGAACACAUACAGAUCCCCCUUAUGGAUGUCCUUUUUAAAGUAUGGCAAGUUAAUGAGUAUGUCAUUUUGAUUGGCCCACCUCGGCUUAAACAGGAUAUCAAAGAAUCCAAGCCUGUGGCUCUCGAGGCCUGGCAAAUGGGGGACUCUAUAUAUGGUGGUUGUGACACUAAAGAUCAUCGAUCUACCCGAUGGUAGGUAACCAAGUGUACUGGGGUUGAACACUAAAUAAACCUGGAUGAUGCCCAGAAACUUAAAUAUAUCUUUUUGUGGUGUAGCCGACAAGUUUAAAACUUUAAAGCCAAACUGCAUCCCAUAGUGCCAAAACAACCUUAAUAGCUGUGAAAUGUUGUGUGUGCAUAGGACAUCCCUUGUAGUUACAGAACUGGGACAUUGACAAAGAUGAUUUAUCAGCGUACAGUCAUUUCAUCUCCCCUGCUGGAACUGUAUCCUUGAUCGCUAUGUUUGCAGGAGAUCAGACUAAUCACCUAUUUUUCUGGGGCAACACAGUUUGACACCACUGCAGAUGUCCCUUUUAAAAAGGCCUAGUCAUUUUGCCAGAGCAGUAUCGACCUCCCCUCUCAAUAGCAACCUGGGUGCUACCAUAAACUAUAGGUGACAAUGCAUGAUUAGCAAACCUAGUUAACAACCAAGUUGUGAGCAGCGCGUUUGGAGAAUACUCCAUUCUGGCCCACAACGGUCCAUCGGCUGCAUAUUUAGAAACAUCUGACUGCAGUGCCUUGUGGGAAUCUCUAGGAGUGGGGUAGAGAAUCCAAGCAUGUUCCUAGUGACAGCCAGCUUUCGGGACUGCGGCAACUGUUCUCAUUUAAUGCCCAGCUAGCCCAAGUUGGUUACCCCGAACUCAACCAUUGUUAAAGAAAAAGGCACAGAAGAGACAUUUAUAUUUUGCAUAUGUGCGUCUGUUACAAGAAAAUGCCAGAUUAUUUGUUGUAUUUAAUUUUUUAUGUGAAUUCAGAGAGUUUAUUUAUCAAGGAAGAUAUUGUACAAAACAGAUUGAAGUUAUGUUCUGACAUUCCUGGUGUUAUAUGAAUAUACGGUAUUUACAUAUUCUGAUGUCAAUAAAAUGAUUUUUUUAAAGCA